CUUGUACAAUCCGUACGAGACGGAGGUUAAAUAAAAAUAUAACAGCGUUUAUAAGUAAUGAAAUGAAUAUGUGGAAUAUAAUUAUUAUGAUGCGGGUCGAAUGGGUGUGAUACUAGGAUAAAUGAAUAUUUUAAAAAUCUAAAGUUCAUGUAACAUUCCAACAUAAAUCAUCACAAGCAGAAAAAUGGGCCUCCUAACUGAUCCAAGAGCCGGAAACGGAGAAAUGGCUAAAUUUAUAUUAAAAUAUGAAAAAUUACUGUGUUACCUUUUGUAUUUUGCAGGGAUCAUUUGGAUGAUGCUUUUAGCUUUACCUCAAUUUAAUGAUAACACAUAUUACUCAGAAAAUGCAUUACUUCCUGGAUUAGUUAAAAAAGAAAGCAAUCUCAUGCCAUCUGCAAAACAGUUUCAUCAUGAAUUGUUGUCAGAAAGAGAACGGUUUUCAGAUCAAAUGCCAUAUGCAUGGAUAUUAGCAAAAUUUCAUCAGUUGCAUUUAGAUGUUUUUACACAUAAUUUCACUUUGAAUUAUCCUUUUCGUAAUCAAAAGUAUACUGGGCAGAAUAUUUAUGGAAUUGUAAGAGCUCCGAGAGCAGCAAGUACUGAAGCAAUAGUUGUAAGUGUCCCUUAUCGCCCUAUUACAAGUAUUCAUGCUGAUACUACACCAUCUAUAGCUUUACUAUUAGCUUUUGCUCAAUUUUGUCGUAAGCAAAAAUAUUGGGCAAAAGAUAUUAUAUUCCUUGUAACAGAGCAUGAACAAUUAGGAAUGCAAGCAUGGCUAGAUGCUUAUCAUGGUGUGACUAGUGGACAUGAUGGUGUUCUUAUUUCUGGAGAUCUUACUGGCAGAGCCGGUUCUAUUCAAGCAGCUUUAAAUUUGGAAUUACACUCAAUGACUAUAACAUCUAUUGAUGUAAAGGUAGAAGGAUUGAAUGGGCAGCUACCAAAUUUGGACUUAUUUAAUUUAGCUCAAAAUAUGAUUAGUAAAGAAGGUAUACGUAGAACAUUCCAACGGCGCUUUGACACGUAUGAAAAAGAUAAAGUCAAGAAAUGGUGGUACCAAUUUUAUACUUUAAUGUCAAUGAUAUUAACUCAAGCAACUGGUAUACCAACAGGAAAUCAUGGCCUAUUUCAUAGGUAUGGCAUAGAAGCAGUAUCAUUAGAAGGCUUUGACAAUUCCAAAGAUGGUGCUCCACGUAAUUUUUAUCAUGUUGGAAGAGUUGUAGAAAGUGUAGUUCGAUCAUUAAACAAUUUAUUAGAACGAUUUCAUCAAUCUUUUUUCUUUUACAUACUGCCAUGCACUGAUAGAUAUAUAUCUAUAGCACUAUAUAUGCUUUCUCUAGUAUUAAUGAUGGCAGGUGUGUUCAUAAAAGCUUUUGCUAUUUGGUUAAGAUUGCAAGACUCUACUACCAAUCAAACAGAUGAAAAGAAGAUUAGUAGUAAUUUGAAAAAUAGUCCUCAGCAGGGAACAGAAUUCAAUGUUGGAAGUAUAGCUUCAGAGAUUCUUUGGACCCAUACUGUAGGAGUCAGUUUAAUGGCGUCUCCAAAAUUUCUAACUUCAAUUCUUAUGCAUCACUUGAGUUUGAGAACAGAAGACGCCAUAUACUACAGUUUCUCAACAAUUACGCUUUUAUCUAUUUUGUGGCCAAUUUUCAACAUGAAAAGACUAUCAAAAUAUAGCAAUACUGCUCUUGUUUGCGUAAUCACGUGUGUUGAAUUUGCAACAGCUUUAAUGUGUAUUGCAAUGCACAAUUUUUCAUUAGCAUUUCUUGCAGCACUUCUUUAUGUUCCAAUAGUAUUAGCUAUAAAUCCAAAACAUCGUGUUUCAAGCAGGUUUCGGAAGUUUCUUUACUUUAUAUGGCCUAUUCUUCAUCCAUUCUUCGUAACGACCUGUACAAUAAUCAUUUACUCAUUUAUAAAUUUUGGAGAUGAGUUGAUCAAAAACGUUCUAGUGAGAUCUUUACAAGCUACAAAACAUGCAUUUGUUUUAAGCAUUAUAGACUCAAUGAUUUAUGGCAAUUGGUUCUAUAAUGUAACUGUAGCAUUAAUGUUACCUAUUUGGCUCUUAUAUUGGAAUGUGAUCAGUAGAAAUACAAAGAAUCAUGUUUAGUGUGUAAUACUGAUUAAUUGAUGUUUUCUAAAUUGAAAUAAAUAGCUAAGAACGAUCAAUAAAAAAACUUAAAUGUAACACAGUGCAAGUGCUACAAGAGCCAUACAAAUUUUAUUAAAUUCAUGAAUUAAAUAAA